UCUGCGGACCUCGCGAGGCGCGGGGCAGCGGCAGUGGCGGCGGCGGCGGCAGCGGCAGCCGCGGCCCCGGACGGCGGCAGCGCAGGGCCCGGCGUGGCCGCCCAUGAGUCGGGGAACCAUGCCUCAGCCCGGGGCGUGGCCCGGAGCCAGCUGCGCCGAGACGCCGGCGCGCGAGGCGGGGGCCGCGGCGCGGGAGGGCGGGAAGGUGACGACCGGCGCGCAGCCCCGGGCCGCGAUGCGGUGCCCGGCCGAGCACGAGGAGGACAUGUACCGUGCUGCAGAUGAAAUAGAAAAGGAGAAAGAAUUGCUAAUACAUGAAAGAGGGAUAUCAGAACCCAGGCUAAGUGUGGCUCCUGAAAUGGAUAUUAUGGACUACUGCAAAAAAGAAUGGAGGGGAAAUACUCAGAAAGCCACAUGUAUGAAAAAGGGCUAUGAGGAAGUUUCUCAGAAGUUCACAUCUAUAAGGCGAGUACGUGGUGAUAAUUACUGCGCACUGAGGGCCACGCUGUUCCAGGCCAUGAGCCAGCUGGCCGAGCUGCCCCUCUGGCUGCAGGACCCGGAGCUCACGCUGUUACCAGAGAAGCUGAUAAACAGGCACAGCUGGAUCAAGCAGUGGAAACUCGGACUGAAGCUUGAUGGGAAGAAUGAGGACCUGGUUGAAAGAAUCAAGGAGUCUCUUGCCCUGCUGAGGAAGAAGUGGGCGAGCCUGGCUGAAAUGAAGACUGCUGAAGCCAGGCAGCUAGCGUGUGAUGAACUGUUCACAAAUGAAGAAGAGGAGUACAGCCUCUAUGAAGCUGUCAAAUUUUUAAUGUUAAACAGAGCUAUUGAACUCUAUGAUGAUAAAGAGAAGGGAAAGGAAGUCCCAUUUUUUUCUGUGCUCUUGUUUGCUCGAGACACAUCAAAUGACCCUGGACAGCUGCUAAGGAACCACCUAAACCAGGUGGGCCACACUGGUGGCCUUGAACAGGUUGAAAUGUUCCUCCUUGCCUAUGCUGUUCGCCACACCAUCCAGGUGUACCGGCUGUCCAAGUAUAACACCGAGGAGUUCAUCACAGUCUAUCCUACUGACCCCCCCAAGGACUGGCCAAUGGUGACCCUCAUAGCUGAGGACGAUCGGCACUAUAACAUCCCUGUCAGAGUGUGUGAGGAGACAAGUCUAUGAGAGACACAGGUGGACAGCCAUGGGAUGCAGCACAGGUGCACACGGAGCUCCUCCUCCGAGGGCCUCAGGUCUGCAGCUCUCCAGGAACAAUCUGGGAGAACUCUUGGGCCCCUGGAGCCUAGCUGGACUGUGAUGUUCUGAAGACUAGCUGUUGUAAUGAGAACUAGCCAAGUCUUCCCUCACUGUUCUCUCUGUUACUCAGUGUGAUUCACUGGGGGCUUCAGCACGUGCCUUUGGAAGUACAAACUGUGUCUCCAUAAGGCAGAUGCUUUUGUGUCAGAGGAAACUGUUUGGAAAGGAGUAUGUCCAAUGAAAGUUCUGACGGUAAACUGGUUGUACUUUUUAAGACAGUAGUUUUGUUUUUGAUUUUUAUUCUUUUUUAGGGCGUGGUGGUGAUGGGUCUCAUUAGUGGUCUUCCUAUGAGAUAUGCUUAAGUGAUAAUAUCCUGGAACGGAUAGUUACAGUAUCUUUGGACAGCUUUGCCUGCUUUUGGAGGGAUGGGCAGUGAAUUUAUAUGCCAGUUAAUACUUUUUUAAGUAGAUAGUCUCUUAGAAGAUUAAGAAUUGGGUCCCAGAGUAGAUUUUUUGAAGCCUGGAAGAAAUACAGGAAAGAAUGGGGAGAAGUCUAGACAUUGGUUUCUGAGCUUGGUGCCCUGGCAUUGAGAGAUCCUGUUGGCACAUGGGCUGUAGUGUUGGGGUUGUGGAUUAUUAUAAGUUCCAAUGAUUAUGAUUCUACAGUCAGAAUUGCAUUUAUAUCCACCUGUUUAUAGAGGUGGAUAUCAAAACUGUCACGUAAGUUGAUGUGGGGCCGAGCUGGCUGCUGGUCCUACUUUGCCCCUUUCAGGAAGAUCUCACGAACUGCCAAACUCAUGUAACUCAUCCUGUGACAAAAUGAGAGAGAGCCAACUAUCUGGGAUGUCAGAUAGGCAGUAAAAGUACUUUGGAGCUGCUUGGGCAGCUAGGAGGAGGCCACUGUGCUGGCUACGAUAGGUCUGUGUGCAUGCCACAAGUCGUGGUCCUGACUCGGGCACGGGUGAUGGGGAGAGGUGCUCAGCAUGGGUUUCCUCGUGGCCUUUGUUAGCCCUUGGCCUUUGUUUAUGGGGACUGCACACAUCCCUCUUUAGGAUUCCAUCUGUAGCACCCAAAUUGGCUCAACAUUUGUUGGUGGUGUUAUUGGGGUGUGUUGAACUUAUUUUAUGAUAGUUAAGACCGUUAAUUUGAUCCAGUUUCAUAUAGAUAAUAAGCAACUUGUUUUGGAAGGCAGGACAACCCUUUAAAAUAUAAAUUGUCAUUUCAUUAAAAAUUGUCUUAAAAAAAUAACUCAGGAUAUACAAACCAAUCAGACCCUUGAUGUAGUAUUUCUUCCAUUGCCUCAUGAGUAAAAUCACCACAUUUUGUUAACUGUUUAUUCAUUAGAAUGCUAGCAUCAAAUGCCAUUCUGAAUGUAUGGGACUAUGUUAGGAAGACUCUGUGUUUUCACUGUGAAAUGCUAUGGUACCCUUGGGUGAGGAGGCACCUAGCAGCCAAGUUAAAAUAAUAAUGGCUUACUGUUGACUUUGACACUUUAUUUUAUUGUUUGUAAUUAAAUAGUAGGAAAUGCCUGGCA